AUGAGCGAACCCAACUCGAAAAGGAAGAUAGAUAUUGUCGAUCUCACCGGGGAUGAUGAUGUAAGUACGGCGAGCGCUCCUGCUGCUAAGGCACCCAGACGAUAUCCACCAUCAUUUUCUCCCUCGCCACAAUCCCAAUAUUCUUCUUCACUAGGUUGGAAGAAGAGUACGUAUCAGAAAUCUCGGCAAUAUCCAACAGCAUCUUCUGUCUCACAAAAUAAGACGAAACCACCAGCCCAGUCUUUGGCAAGUGCAUCUCAAGGAUCACGGCAGUAUCCACCAUCAUUUUCUACUCCAUCUUACCGACACCCAAAUGAACUACCAACACCACCAUCAUCAAGCCAGACGUAUUCAUCCAACCAGGGUCGAAAUGCGUCUUUUGGGUCCAGUCAAAUCUACCGAAGUAGCCCUGCGAGCCCUUACAACAGCAGGACACACAGCAAGAGCGAUCGCGAUGGUUGGCUGGCGUCUACCCAAGAACAAGAAGCCGACAUUGCACGCGAGAUCGACCUCACUGAAGAUUUUGAUGAUGAUGUGUACGAGAAUUAUCAACUCUACGGAAUAUUGAACACAAAAAUUGUGGGUUGUAGAUUUUAUAAUGGUCAGGCGACCGUUGGAGAGUAUGUGAAGGUCCGCCGUGAGCCGUCCAACCCUUACGAUACCAAUGCAAUUCGCAUUGACAACGUACGCCGUGAUCAAAUUGGCCACAUUGGCAGAGUGGUUGCUGGCAAGCUCGCACCUUUCAUGGAUUCCGGAUCUUUGCUUGUCGAGGGUGCCCUCACCGGUCCCAAAGACUACUAUGAAUGUCCUAUUGGACUGAAACUGUUUGGCACAAGUGACCCAGUCGCAGGAGCAGCCCUUCGUCAACAGAUGCAGGAUCUGAGGCUACCCAUCAACGAGUUCACCAGGAAUGAAAAAGAGCGAAAAAAGCGCGCACAGGACAUGGAGAAGCAGAAGAAAGCUCGAGAAAAAGCUGCUGUUGCCAUGAUGAAGAACGGGGGCACUGUAUUUGAAAACAAUGGAUCCGGGAAAUACAUAAAUCGAGGUCAAGGUACGGUGGUGGGCUUACAACACGGACAUCCGUCAGACAUGAACCAGCUCUUGGAGGGUACUGCAACAUUCAAUCCGCGCGAAGUGGAGAACGUGGUCAAGCAGCUGGGUGUUGGCGAAGACGUCUUAGCCAAGUUACCCAUGGCUGAUCAGCCAAAAACACUUUCGACAAAGCUCUUGCCGUAUCAGAGACAGGGACUGCAAUGGAUGCUUGACCAUGAGUCCCCGAAGCUACCACAAUCGAACGGUGUGGUUCAACUCUGGAAGAAAUCAGGGAGCAAUUGGUCCAAUAUCGCCACGAAUUUUUCGAUCACAACGCAACCAGAGCUUGCAUCUGGUGGACUCCUAGCAGAUGAUAUGGGACUGGGAAAAACUAUCCAAAUCAUUUCGCUCAUCAUGGCAGAUCCACACAAGAAUGGUUCACCCACAUUGAUCAUUUCUCCACUUUCAGUCAUGAGUAACUGGAAACAUCAAACAGAGCAUCAUGUAAAGACGAAAUAUGCCCCCCGCGUUCUGGUCUACCAUGGACAAGCAAACAAGUACCUCAAACCUGCGAAAUUGAAAGAGCACGAUAUCGUGAUCACCACUUACCAGACAAUGACCCAAGAGCUUUACCCUUACGGUCAAUUGACAGCUGAGCCAACACCCACCAAGGACGGACUGUUCUCCAUCAAAUGGCGACGGCUCGUCCUCGAUGAAGGGCACCAGAUACGCAACCCGAAGGCCAAAAUGUCACAGGCAGCAUGUGCACUUGAGGCAGAAUCGCGAUGGAUUCUCACGGGUACACCGAUCGUUAAUAAUCUCAAGGAUCUUUUCUCGCAUGUCAAGUUCUUGCGUCUAUCUGGUGGCUUGGCUGAAUUUGAUGUCUUCAACUCUGCACUUAUCCGACCUUUGAAGUACAACGAUCAGCACGCCAGGACGCUGUUGCAAGCUCUGAUGUCGACCAUGUGUUUGCGACGAAUGAAGGAUAUGAAAUUUGUGGACAUCAAGCUUCCUGAAAUCUCCUUCCACAAGUACGUGGUGAAAUUCCUACCCCACGAACAGGAGCGCUAUGAUGCGUUCAAGAACGAGGCGCUUGGGAUGGUGGAGGCGGUCAAGGCACAGAGCGGGGACAACACCAUGACCCACCUGUUGGAAGUGCUUCUACGACUGCGACAAACCUGCAACCACUGGAAGAUGUGUGACGAAGAGAGAGUCAAGAAGCUGCUCUCUCUUGUGGAUGAGAACAAGAUAGUGGAUGUGAUGAACCCUGCCAAUCGAAAGGCGCUACAGGAUCUUCUUCAAGUGCGCAUCGACUCACAAGAUGAGUGUCCAGUCUGUUUGGAUAGCCUGCAGGAUUCCGUGGUUACGGCCUGUGCGCAUAGCUUCUGUCGCGAUUGCAUCAGCCGGGUCAUUGAAACUCAACGUAAAUGUCCACUGUGCCGGGCAGAUCUUAGUGCUGAUUCUCUUGUUGAGCCGUCGGCUGGAAUGGGUGAGGAUGAAGAGGCUGAUGUCGAUAUUGACCCCGACACUACCAGCAGCAAGAUCGAGGCACUUGUGCAGGUCUUGAAGGCCGCUGAGGGUGACGCGACGGUCAAAACAGUUGUGUUCUCGCAAUGGACAUCGUUCCUCGACCUCGUCCAAGUUCAGCUUACGAAACACGGAUUGAACUUUACACGACUGGAUGGGAAGAUGACAUCGACGGCUCGCGACGUCGCGAUCGAAUCACUCAACACCGACGAUUCAUGCAAAAUCAUGUUGGCAUCUCUAUCCGUGUGUUCAGUCGGCUUAAAUCUUGUUGCUGCGAACCAAGUGAUUCUGGCAGACUCCUGGUGGGCGCCAGCCAUUGAAGAUCAAGCUGUAGACCGGGUUCACCGUUUGGGUCAAACGAGGAAAUGCAAAGUGGUUCGACUGGUGGUGGAGGGGACGAUUGAGGAUGAGGUGCUUGAGAUUCAAGCUAAAAAGAGACAGUUGGCAAGCGAAGCCUUUGGCGAGAAAGAUGGCGCAAGGAAGAGAAAGGAGCAACGGGCGGGUACUUUGAGGGACAUUGAGAGAAUGUUGGCUGGCAGGGAGGCGCCGGCGACAACUUACUCGUAG